AUGUCGUACCGCGCAAUUGACACCUACGGCAAGAAGCACAAAGGCCGCAAGAUGAAGUUGAUAGUCCAACAAGAGUGCCGUCGCCUCUAUCGAGAGGUGGCGUCAACUGGAACGUCCGCUCGGGCACUUCACUCGGCCCUCCAGCUCAAGGGCUCAAUAAGAACUCGUCAGCGCAGACUCAAGGCAUGCGGGUAUCUCAAGUACAAGAAACGCAAGCACACGCCUUUUCUCAAGGAAGCCCACAAGACUGCGCGGUUGAAGUACGCGGUGGGUCACUUGGAAGAUCCACCC